GGCGGCGGUGGUAGUGGCGCCCGUGGGUGGAAGCGCCCUGCUGCCCUGUGACCUGACGCAGCCCAACGACUCCCCGAUCCUGGUGCUGGUGUAUAACGGCGCCACGGGAAGGCCGGUCUACAGCAUCGACUCCAGAAACGGGCCACUCACCAAAUCGAAACACUGGUCCGGUCUCGGGGAUCGUGCAGAGUUUCAGGUCUCGCCACCCCAGCAGGGCCUCGCCGUCAAGAGAAUCAGAGACGAGGACGAGGGCGAGUACCGGUGUAGAGUUGACUUUGGCUCCUCCCCCACCAGGAACCUGAGGAUGAAGUUGCAGGUGGUAGUUCCCCCGCAGCGAGUGGCCAUCCUGAGCGAGGCGGGGCUGGAGGUGAGCGGCGUGAUCGGCCCGUACCCUGUGAAAGAGAACCUGAAACUCACCUGUCAGGCCUCCGGAGGUCGCCCGCCGCCAGAGGUUACAUGGUGGCAUGAAGGCUCUCUCAUUGAUGACCUGAGCGAGAACACGACCACCCAGGUGAUCCGCAACACGCUCACCCUGCCCAAUCUGAGCCGCCAGCACCUGUACCGCGUGAUCACUUGCAGCGCCGCCAAUUCCAACAUGACGCGGCCACUCAACACCUCCGUCACUCUGGACAUGAGCUUUCCCCCUCUGGACGUCAGCAUCUCAGGUAGUCCUUCACACCUGUCGGAGGGGGCGCCUACACACUUACCUGCGAGGCGUGGGGAUCCCGCCCCCUGCCAACCUUACCUGGUGGAUGGACGGGGUGCUAAUGACGCCGGCUGAGAGUAAGGUGCUGAUGGAAGGCAACGUGAGCAGGUCCACCCUCCGUCUCACGCCCACAAGGGAGAACCACGGCGCGGUGCUCUCCUGCAGGGCUGAGAACAGAGACCUGCCGACGUCAGUGGUGGAGGACAUCAUUAAGCUCAACG